GCCAAACCUGACCUCAUAUCCUGGCUGGAGAAAGAGGAAGAGCUGUUUCUCCUGACCCCUGAGGAAGAGGAGGGCUUGGCAGUUGGAAUUUCUCAUCAGUUUGCGAGUGCUGAAAUGCUGCUUGUCGAUCUUGAACUUAGCAAAAUAGGAAACUCCAAAACAGGAAACUCCAUUCUCCCAAGUCAGACCACUUCACCCAAGUCUAACCAAGUCUUGUCCUCUCCAAGCGGCAGUGGUUCUCUGCAGGAGGUAUCUGGGAGUCAGCAGCUGAAACAUCUGACCAUCCAGGGAUGGAGGAAAAUGAUACAGAUAAAUAUGGGAAUGAAAACAAUGAAUAUUGUGAUGUAUUGAGGAAGGAAGCAGGAAAACACCCCCAUAAUGGAAGGAAUAAUUCGGGUCUUGUACAUAGUGGUGAUUCUCGACUGCAAAAUAUGAACAGAGAAGACGGUAUGAAUGAGCACAUUGCAACUAGGAUAAGUUUACCUGAAAAAUCAGAUAUUAAUAUUCAAUGGAGCAUCAAUAAAAAGAAGAAAAUAUAUAAAUGUCAGGAGUGUAGGAAAUGCUUUGAGCAGAAGGAUAACUUAACUGUUCAUCAAAUGAUUCACACAGGGGAGAAACUAUAUAAAUGCCUGGAGUGUGGAAAAUGCUUCGAUCACAGUAGACGAUUUAAUGACCAUCAAAGUAUUCAUAGAGGGGAGAAACAAUAUAAAUGUCUGGAGUGUGAAAAAACUUUUCGGUGGAAGGAUAGCUUGACUAUUCAUCAAAGGAUUCACACAGGGAAGAAACCGUAUAAAUGCCUUGAAUGUGGCAAAAGCUUCAGUCGGAGUGAUAGCCUUACUGUCCAUCAAAGAAUUCACACAGGGGAGAAACCAUAUAAAUGCAUGGAAUGUGGCAAAAGCUUCAGUCGGAGUGGGAGCCUUACUGUCCAUCAAAAGAUUCACACAGGGGAGAAACAAUAUAAAUGCCUGAAAUGUGGGGAAGUCUUCAGUAAUAAUGGAAACCUUACUUCCCAUCAAAGGAUUCACAUACGGGAAAAAUCAUAUAAAUGCCUGGAGUGUGGAAAAUGCUUCGAUCACAGUAGACGACUUAUUGACCAUCAAAGUAUUCACAGAGGGGAUAAACUAUAUAAAUGUCUGGUGUGUGAAAAAAGUUUUGGGUGGAAGGAUAACCUAACUGUUCAUCAAAGGAUUCACACAGGGGAGAAACCAUAUAAAUGCCUAGAGUGUGGAAAAUGCUUCAGUUACAGGGGACGACUUAUUGACCAUCAAAGUAUUCACAGAGGGGAUAAACUAUAUAAAUGUCUCGUGUGUGAAAAAAGUUUUGGGUGGAAGGAUAAUCUAACAGUUCAUCAAAGGAUUCACACAAAAGAAAAACCGUAUAAAUGCCUUGAGUGUGAAAAAAGUUUUCAGCGGAAGGAUAAACUAACUUCCCAUCAAAGGAUUCACACAAACACAAAGCUUUAUAAAUGCCUAGAAUGCAGAAAAAGCUUUGUACGGAAGGAUAACCUAACAGUUCAUCAAAGGAUUCACAUAGGGGAGAAACCAUAUAAAUGUCUGGAGUGUGGAAAAAGCUUCAGAGAAAGUGGAAGUCUUAUUUCCCACCAAAGAAUUCACAGAGGGGAGAAGGUAUCAAAAUGAUUGGAGCAUGGAGAAAGCUUCAGUCAUAGUUUAACGCUUUACUUCUCAUCUAAGGAUUCAUUUGGGAGAAAUCAUAGACAUAAUUGAAGCGUGGAAGGACAGUACCUAAAAUACUUUGGCAUACAAAAUUACAAAGUAAUGCAAUAAAACGGUGUAAUAAAAUAACCCACAAUUCAGUAUCUGUUAUAUAUAAAAUGCAAGCCGUAUUA